CAGGAGCAUCCUACAACAUCUGGGACACAACCAGGGAGCAGAGUAUCAGACAGUACUGGUGACUCUAAGGCAGCAGGCAAACCUCCUCUGGAACUCUUCAUAGAAGCUUGCAAUGUCGACGGACGAAAGCAGCUGGGUUCCAGAGCGCGAAAGCACAGUGGGGACCAAAUUUCUGCAAAAGGCACGCAAGAGUCCUUUAGUGCCAAUUGGUAUGGUGGGGUUUACGGUUGUGGCAGCCUACGGCCUUUACCGACUGAAGGAAAGGGGGAGCAUGAAGAUGUCUGUCCACUUGAUUCACACUCGGGUAGCUGCCCAAGCCUGUGUGGUUGGAGCUGUAACUCUUGGUGCUAUCUAUAGCAUGUACAAAGACCACUUCCUGAAAGAGUCUUCGGGUGGGACCCAGAAAUAGGCUGGACAUGGAUGGCAAUGGUUUGUCCCUUCUCCCCGAGUGGAUUUGGAGAUCCCUGUGGCAAUCCCCGUAGGGUUGGGAGAUCAUCUGGUUUGCUCUUGCAGAAGAAACAUCCCCUGCAGCCUCAAAUGCUCACUUUAAUACAGCUUAUACAUUCCCUUGAAACAUCCCAUUCAAAUGUUCACAUAUAUAUAUAUUUUAAGUUACAUUACAAAGUACAGGGAGAAACUUAUAGAACCAGAGGGCUGGAAAAACCCUUACAGGAUCUGACCAACAUUUCCGCAAACCAAUGUUUUCCUCUCAUAUCCAAAGAAAGACGGUAUUAACUGCCUUCUUUAAUCACACGAAAAGUCCAUCUAAUGCAGAACCCUGCCUCUGUCAGUAGCUGGUACCCCUGCUGUUUGCAAAAAUCCAGAUCAUUUUACAAAAUAUUUUAAAUAAUAAAGCAAGACACAUAAGCCAAUUAACUGAAUUUGACCACGUAUUGAUUUGCCAAAUUCUGACUGCAGGACAUAUUCUCUACUUCUGUGAUUGAUUGAUUAAGUGCCAUCAAGUCAGUGUCGACUCUUAGUGACCAUAGAUUCUGUCCAGGAUGAUCAGUCUUCAACUUGUGCAAACCCAAUAAUACAUCUCUGCCAUGGCUUCCCUUGCGAAGUAUCUGCUCUAUAGGUUCUGCUUUAAUUGUCUUUGUACCAGAGCACUUUUUAAAAAGGCUAUAUUUUGCACAUGACUUAAGAGCAAUACAAAUAUCUAAUGUCACUAUUUUAAACAUGAUCUAAACUUGUGUAUAAAGGAAAGAUUGUGCUGUCAAGUUGGUGACAACUCCUGGUUACCAGAGCCGUGUGGUUUUCUUGGUAGAAUACAGGAGUGGUUUACCAUUGUCUUCCUCGCACACAGUAUGAUGAUGCCAUUGUCACUGAAAUGAGCAGCCACCUCCAGCACCUUCCUAUAUCGCUGCUGCCUGAUAUAGGCGACUACAGUUAUAUUUACUAGGCACAGUCUGGGAAGCACAUCGGCAGGGAUUUGAACUAAGAGCCUCUUGCUCCAUAGGCAAGCUGCUUCCCCGCUGUGCCACCACAGCUGAUAAACAUUUGUAUAUACACAGGGUCAAAUUAAGUAAAAAUUGACUUUGUAUUAGGCCACUGAUCUAAGCAGAGGUGAAACAUUUCUCACCCUUCCUUGUUUAUCUAUGCCAUAGGUUCUUAACUGAGCCUCCUUUGGAAGCAUACUUGAAAUAUAGCUGAAGCUUUUUUCUUUAUUUUUUGUUGCUGGGUUUUUCAUAUGUUUUCCUGACAAUGUAUUGUUACACUGUACCAAUAUGAAUGAAAAAAAAAUAAACAGUUUAAAUAAACAAAAUGAAAAAAUAAACAGUGUAAA